CCCCGUUACUUUAGAGUCCCACAGGCUCCAAGGAGAGAAAGACCCGCUGCUGACGGAGAGGAAGGACUUCAGCCCAACAGGACCGGAACCAGCCCCAAAACCCACUGAGAACUGGACCUAACGGAACCCGAACAGAACCGAGAGCCGGUUCCGUUCGGAACUUUGGGCCGGAGCUGCUGUUAUCUUCAGCGGGAACGCAGAGGAAUGGGUCUGCCGAGGAAGAAACCCUCCUGUGGGUGUUCGGAGUGAAACCGACCCGAGGGAGGAAGAGGAGCGGUGAGGAGGAAGAAUCGGUUCCGAACAGGAGGACAAGAUGAAGAUGGGAGGAAGAGGAGGAGCGGCGCUGAUGGAGCUCUGCGGGAUUCUGCUGCUGCUGACCGGAAGCUGUCAAUGCGGAGACUCUCAGCAGACCGAGCAUCUGGCCUCGUACCAGCUGACUGCUCCUCGGCCAAUAGGAGGCCGGCUGAGGCGGGACGCUGAGGGCAGGCCGCCCAAUCAGGUUUCCUUCAUCAUCCCAGUGGAUGGAAACGAUCUCCUCGUCCAUCUGCAGAGAAACAAGGUCCUGCUGCCUCCAGAUUUCACCGUCUUCACCUAUGGCCCAAACGGAUCCCUGAUCACAUCCAGACCACCUGUCCAGAACCACUGCCAGUACCAGGGCUUCGUUCAGGACAUGGAGGGCUCUGCUGUGGCCAUGAGCGUCUGUGGCGGCCUCAGAGGAGUGAUGCAUCUCACCAACGACAGCUACGGCAUCGAGCCGCUAGACUCCGCCCCCGAGCAGCACCUGCUCUACCGCCUGCAGGAUGUGACAUCACAGCCCCGAGGAUGUGGAACACCUCACUACGGGCACGGCGACGCGACGGAGCAUGCUCAGUACGACCUGGAGGAGAUCCAGCACCGCCGGCGCAGCAGGGUAAAGAGAGCUGUUCUCCACAAGACUCACUAUGUGGAGCUGCUGCUGGUGGUUGACAACGACAGGUUUAAACACAUGAAUGGAAACGAGACGGCGGUCAGAGAGCAGAUGGUUCACCUGGCGAACCUCAUAGACGGCAUCUACAUGCAGCUGAACGUCCGGGUGGUUCUGGUCGGUCUGGACAUCUGGACCAAGCAGAACCUGAUCAACACAGAGGGCGGAGCCGGCGAGGUGCUGAGCCGCUUCACCCAGUGGAGGGAGAAGGAGCUGGUUUCCCGGCGGCGCCACGACUCGGCCCAGCUCAUCCUGAUGAAGAGCUUUGGUGUAACAGCAGGAAUGGCAUUUGUCUCCACCGUCUGCUCCAGAAGUCAUGGAGGAGGAAUCAACGCGUUCCUGAACAACAACGUCGCGGCCUUCGCCUCCAUCGUGGCUCAUGAACUCGGACACAACCUGGGGAUGAACCACGACGACGGGCGGACCUGCAGCUGCCCCGCCGCCGCCUGCAUCAUGCACUCCGGAGCCACAGGAUCCAGAAACUUCAGCAGCUGCAGCACCGACGACUUUGAGAAGAUGAUCCUGUCGAUGGGAGGGACGUGUCUAUUGAAUGUGCCCCGGCCCGACGAGGCCUACAGCGCCCCCUACUGUGGAAACAGGCUGGUGGACGUCGGGGAGGAGUGCGACUGUGGAUCAGAGAAGGAGUGUGAGGAGGACCCCUGCUGUGAGUAUCGGACCUGUAAACUGAAGCCUGGGGCUCAGUGUGCGUCUGGAGAGUGCUGCUCCGGCUGUCAGUUCCUCCCUGGAGGAAUGGUGUGCCGCUCCAAGAAGGACGAGGAGUGUGAUCUGCCGGAGUACUGCAACGGCUCCACCUCCUUCUGUCAGAGCGACGUCUUCGUCCAGAACGGGCAUCCCUGUCGCAACCAGCAGGCCUACUGCUACAACGGGAGGUGCCAGCACCUGGACGGACAGUGCCAGGCCCUGUUCGGACCCAAGGCAACGGCCGCUCCCAACAUCUGCUUCAAAGACGUUAACAGCAAAGGAGAUCGCUUCGGCAACUGUGGCUACCAGCACUACGGCUACAAGAAGUGUGAGAGCAGAAACGCUCAGUGCGGGAAGCUGCAGUGCCUGAACGUGAAGGGGGGGACGGUGUUCGGCAUCCUGCCGUCCAUCAUCACCACUCCAAUACACGGAGCCACCUGCUUCGGGGUCGACUUCAUGCUGGGAUCCGACGUUCCCGACCCGGGAAUGGUGAACGAAGGGACCAAGUGUGGAGACAACAAGGUGUGUAUGAACUUUGAGUGUCGCAGCGCGGACGUCCUGAGCUAUGACUGUGAUGUGGAGACAAAGUGCCACGGACACGGGGUGUGUAACAGCAACAGGAACUGCCACUGCGACUACGGCUGGACGUCGCCAUCCUGCAAGCUGUCGGGCUAUGGCGGCAGCGUGGACAGCGGACCCACAUGGAACGAUAAGGACACGUCUCUCAGGGACGGCCUCCUCGUCUUCUUCCUCCUCGUCCUUCCUCUGCUGGCUCUGGGAGCGUUUGUCUUCCUGCGCCGCAAUGAGCUGCUGCGGCGCUUCGGACUGAGCCGCAGGAAGAGGUCGCAGGGAUACCAGGCAGACGAAGCGACUUCGACCAAACCGACCAAUCCUGGCAGAGCUCCGCCUCCCAGAACGCAGCCGCCCCCUGCUGGCCACGGCACGGCGAACUUCAUCGUCAGGGACGGGCAUCACGCUCAGCUGCUGCCGCCGCCGCCGCCGCAGCAGGUGGUGGAGACCAGUGAGACCAGUGAGAGAGCCCCGCCCUUCGCUGCAAGGCCACCGCCGCCUCCUCUAAAACCGAAACCUUCUGCUGCAUCUCAGCCUCUGGUGCCUCAAAGACCCGCCCCCGCUCCGCCUGUUUAGCCAAUCAGGAGCUUCCUCUCGACUCCGCCCUCCUCUUCUUCCUCCUGACCUUCAGUCUGCUCUCUCUGGUUCCUUAGCAAAACCCAGGGAGGGAUCAAUGAGGCCGACCUUGAGGUGCAGCCGGACUUGGACUAGGUCAACAAGUCGGACUUGGACUGGGCCGACGGGUCGCAGCAGGACUGAACUGAAGCAGCUCUUUCUUUUGUUCACCUUAACUUGGUCAGGUGACCUCUGCUGUAGCCAAACCAGCCAAUCAGAUUGCAGAGCAUAAAAUAGCAGCUAAACAAACACAGAUCAUGUUCAUAAAGCGGUUACUGGAGCAGAAACAACGCUGAGUUCACUCACUGCCACACGGAGCACUACAUGCAGAUUCUAUUUACCCGGGUUCCCAGUGUUCCCAGUUACAUGAUGAUAAACCUUAGCAGGAAACACUGGCCCAGCUCUGCUGCAAUUUUAUGAUGCAAUAAAAUUAUAUCAUAUUCCUAAGUUUUACAAAGCAAAUAAUCCAUACCCAUAAAAUGCUAAUGUGUCAUUCCCAUCAGCUGGUGAGCUGUUAGCCUGUAAGCUAACAAUUCAUAAACUGACUGCUAAUAUAGCAACUUAUAGCCUUGAUAUUUAUAUAGUUAAAUAUGGACAGAAAAUAUGUUUUUAACUUACUACGGUAAUCAUUCUCUGAAAUUAUUAAAAUAUCCUGGGUGUUAGCAGGUGAUGCUAACAUUAGCAUGCUACAUUAACAUUCUCCAGACUGAGCAGCGGUGUUUUUAAUCAAACCAUUCAAAACAUUUUAUAUAAUGUUAUUACUAAUAAGUAUUAUUAAAAACAUACUAACUCAGAAAUACUUACAAUCCUGUCAGAAAACCACCGUAUCUGUCUAGUUAGUGUUAGCAUGCUAAGAUUAGCAUCUUCUGUUACAGCAGCAGUGAAUUAGACAAGAUGAAAAAGUUUCAGUGCUUCCAUUAGCGUACGUUUUUAACAAUAAUGAAUAAUCUAUUAAUCCAAUCAAUAAUCUUUAAUUAUUAUGGAUUUCUUUAUUUGAAAACCACAAUUAUCUGAUGACUUAGUGUUAGCAUGCUAACAUUAGCUCUUAAGUGCAUAAAGACUUAAUGGCAUUUGUAAUUUCUGUACUUUUUUGCCAUGUUUUAAAUUUGUCAGAAAACACCAGAAAACUGGUUGAGGGUGUGAAUCUUAAGGGUUAGCAUGCUAACAUUAGCGUUACUUCAGCUGCAUUACUGGACCUUCUGUAAUUGUCUACAUCACACAGUAAAAGUGUGUUCAGGGCGUGCUGUGGUGGCGCAGGGGGUUAGCACGCCCCACGUUUGGAGGCCUUAGUCCUCGACGCGGACGUCGCGGGUUCGACUCCCGGUCCCGACGACCUUUACCGCAUGUCUUCCCCCCUCUCCUCACCCUCCUUCCUGUCUGCCUACUGUAGAAAAAAUACGAGCCACUAGCUCCACAAAAACUCUUCGGAGAAAAAAAAAGAGAUGUUCGAAAAAAAAGAGACGACAUCUUACCAGUAAAAAGCAGGUAGCCUUGCUCUGAUUGGCUGGUUUGUGUUGCAGGGGGUGGAGCCUUCACCUGGUUUCUGUAAUCUUUUCUAGUUAAAGAGCCGAUGUUGUGUUGAACUGCAGCUCCUCUCAGUCAUAGGAAUGUAACGCACCCUACAGGCGCCGUGUGGAGGUGCGUUUAGUUUCUGCACCCCGGCCCCGCCCGGCUCACUCAGUAUUCUCCCAGUAUGCAACACGAGGAGCUCAGGGCGGCUCAGACUUUUUGUUUCCAUGUGUGGUACGCGGCGUCUGCAUGAUUUAUGCAGUUUGAUCUCUAAGGAAACGAACAUCAGACUCUCUGCAAACCAGGGACGUUUACUGCAGCAGCGAAGAAAACUUGUCUGCAGCGCUGCACUGACUGGACCUGGACCCGGACCCGAGUCUGAGUCAGGAUCUGGAUCUUUAUGUGGAUCUGGGUUUGGACCCGGAUCUGACCCCGGACCCAGAUCUGGACCUGGACCCGGGCCCGGACCCAGACCCGAGUCUGAGUCUGGAUCUGGAUCUUUAUGUGGAUCUGGGUCUGGACCCGGAUCUGACCCCGGACCCGGAUCUGGACCUGGACCUGAACCCGGACCUGGACUUGAGUCUGAGUCUGGAUCUGGAUCUGGAUCUUUAUGUGGAUCUGGGUCUGGACCUGGACCCGGACCCGGACCCGGACCUGGACCCGGACCCGGACCCAGACCUGGACCUGGACCUGGACCCGGGUCUGGACCUGGCAGACUCUCCAUGCUCUUCUUUGCACAGAACCCUGAGGACUCUGCGUUAGGGCUAACUAACUUUGUGCCAACUGACUCUUGGAUGCCAAACCGAGACGUGAGGCGGGCAGAAGCGUCGGGUCGGCGCCGCCCGGUCGGCGAGGAGGAAACGAAGCAGAUCUCAUGCAGAUCUCAUGCUGAGGCUCAAACCAGCUGAGCGCUCCGACAUCAUGGCCGCCUCCAGGUCAACUCUUCACAUGAAAACACGACGACUCCUCCUGACCCUCCACCACUAGAACAAGAUUUGCUCUUUAAAAGCUGGAAACUGAUUGUUUUUUUUAUCAUUAUUUUUCCUCUGUCAUUUCAGCCAAGAAGGGACAAAACUACUUUGGGGAUAAUUUUGACCUGUAGUUUAUUUUUCACCUCUGGUUCGAUGCUGAUUCUACGUACAUUUUACUAGAUGUCUCUGCGUUUCACAGAAUGCUGCAUAGCUUCUGCUGAAAGGUUCGUCCCGUCCGUAGCUCUGAUCCAGGUUGGAUCCAGAAUUAAAUAAGAAAAAUAUAAAAUAUUACUCAGAGACAAUAUCUAAACAUCAGCUGCAAAUACACAUUUCUUUAUUUGGUAGUUUCCAGCGGUGGGCACAUCUCUGCUAAUGCGCUAACACGCUAACAGCAGAGCUAAUAUGUCAUCCUCUUUUAGAUUUUGCUAACUUUGAAAACAUUUAGCAUACUUAGCUUCCCAUAAAUUAAUUUGUCCAUAUAAACUCUAAAGCACUGAUUUACUUGGCUGUUCUGUAAAGUUUCAAUUGAAUAAAAUUUGACGCCUUUGAUUUGGACGUUUAUAUCCAUGCUUUUAUUUUGAAGGGGGUGAAGAUGCAGCAAUUCUGUUUCCUCUCCUCACAUUUCAUCUUUUUAAUCAAGAAACUUUGAGCAACUGGCAAUGUGCAACAAACAAACAAGCAACCAGCAUUGGUGUAGCGCCUUAGCAUUAGCUUAUGCUAAGUACCACGCUGGUGUAGUGCUUUAGCAUUAGCAGAGCUAAUGUUUAUUAUUAGGGCUCUGAGGUUAGCACAACUAGCUUUCUAGUUAGCUGUGUCCACCACUGGUAAUUUGUUUUCCCCUGAAGCUGUAGGCUGUCACCAGGGGGCGCUUUUGCACAGUUAUCACUGUACAGUACAACAGAGGAUCAUAAACAUAAAGGUCAAGAAUAUUUCCAUUAAUAAUAAAACUGAUAAAAUAUUAAACCCUUUCAACUGAAAAAUCACCAAAACAGACAAAUUUUCAAAGUCUGGCUGCCUUUGAUAUAUAUCAGUAUUUUUGCUUUAAUAUUUAAACUUUGUAACGGUUUGUUACAUGUCAAAGUACAUUCAGGAAAGUGGAAACAAACAUACUGCAAAUAUAUUCAAAAUAAAUAAUAUAAUAAAUUACAGAAGUUAUUUCUAAGUGAUUUGUUUAGCAGGAGGCCAGAGAUUAAAGCCAUAUUUUUAAAUCUGAUGGUUUGAGUCCAAACAUGAGAUUUGUUUAAAGCGUCUGAUCGGUUUGUUCACCGUGUCUGUUCCCAGUUCAGUCCUUCAGGUUGGGAUCAUGAGCAGAGAGGAGAGGAAAUCGAUCACUUUCACUUUUUACAUUUAAAAUAUGUAUAGAUAUAAUUCACAAGUGUUGAGGAAUAUAAAGUAGAGCUAAUAGAUGUGAGCUUGUUUCAUUGAUGGUGAAUCUGUGUAUGAAUCUGAGUUGGACACAGAAUCUUAUUUUCUGUUACAAAAUGAUUUUAUAGGAUUUUUGUUUGGUUGGUUUGAUUCUGUUUCUGGUCAUCAACAAUAUUUCAUGUUUUAAUUUCAGUGUUAAAUAAAACGCUUUCUGCCCCGACUGGAGGUCAGAAAUUCACACGUUCAUUCAUCCUGACAGGAAGUCUGAUUGUUUUUAAACGAGGAUGCUCAUGAACCCACUGCGGUUGCUAUGGCAGCAGUGAUGUAUUUCAGCUUCAAACCGUAAUUUAAUAAACUUGAUUAAAUCUGA